AGGACAAGAAAGUGCUGUCCUUCAAGGAACCAACAGAAGAUAGAAUGAGAUUGGUGUUUCAAGUGUUAGGAGAUCUCUACCCGCAGCUUGGUGCGUUCAGCAAAGUACUGCAACUCAUCCGGGACGAACUCUAUAAUGGAGUAUACAGCUCUCAACGCACGGGGAGUUCAGUAUCAGAAUCAGAAAAAGGUGAUGCGGUUACACGAGUGCCUUAUUUCAGUUUGCUUCACAGAAUUCGGGAACAUCGGAAUGAGGAGGCAAAGGCACUUCGUACUGAAUUGAAUGGUUUGAGAGAGAUGAUGUUGCAGAAAGAAGAGGGUCGAAUCCAGUUGGAACAUACACUGGCUGAAAUGAAGCAAAGCAAUGGAGCAUUACAAGACCACAUUGUUUUUCUAAAGGAGAAGAUACGUGAGAUAACUAAAGAGGUUAAAAGGCUGCAACAGACACAUCAGGAUCAACUGGAGAAAGCUACAAAGCAAGUGCAAAGCUGUGAGGUGACCAUCACAGAGGUGCAGGGAAUGCUGCAGGCAACACAGGGCGAUGUGGCCUCACUAAGCCAGUACAAGAAGAUCUAUGAUGAGCUUCAGGAAGAUUUCCAGCAACCCAGGGGAACAAAGAAGAGAAACUCAUUGUCAGCAAGUUCCACAACAACUCCCGGGAACAGAAAAGCAGUUGUAGCAACAAAGAAAGCUCAUCUACUUUCGUAUAUUGAAGCCACAAAACAACUUGAACAUCAGGUUCUGCAAGUUCAGAACAAUGUGCUUGAAGAAUUUGACGCCUACUUAGAAAGCCACAGGACUUGGCUGGCAACCAAGAAUUUCCAGAAUAAUAGGAAUGACCCAGCAUUUUCCACUGAGGAGCUUGAAAUAUUGACCACAAGUAAAGAACUUGCAGGGAAACAGCAGAAAUUUCUGGAGUCAAUGGCAGAGAUUUCGAAGGAGCUGGCACUCUUACAGCAACACAAGGAAAGCUUGCAGCAGCAGCUGAACGAAUAUGAGCAGACGCGGCAACAGGAGAGACAAGAUGAAGAAAAACCUGUGAAAUAUGCACCACAUACCACACAAGCUCCUGGGUCAAAGAUCACCUCUGGAAGCUCAGGAUUAGGAAGAGGUCGGUCCAUACUCAGUGGGCUUGAGAGCCACCCGGACGAAUCCUUGGUGCGAGACAUUUUCUCUGUCGCCCUUUCAACCGACGAAAUACUGCUGAACAAGUAUGCAGCCACAAUUCAUACUUCUUGCAAUAACGGGAGUUUGUACAAAGAAGUGGAGGAAGCCACCUUGUGUGUGAGCUGUGCAGAGAAGACGCUGAUUUGUCCACACAAAAUUGGUAACAACUGUGUUAUUGCACUGCCCAAGAAUUGCACCCACAUUAAAAUCAGCAGACCCAGGGCUCACAUCAUUACCAUGGAGGCUAAGCUGCGGAAGGCAAAAAAGCAGGCGCCAGCUUCUGUCUGUGGCACAGCAAAUGUCACUACACCUGAAGCAUCCUCUGAUGUGAGUCAAGCCAUGGUGGAUCCUGAAAGCACAGUCUCUGAAGAUCAGGCCAACAAAUCAAAAAAUGACAGUGCACAACCAUCAACACCCCCCAGAGCUUGUAAAAUCCAGCCGCCACAGGCAACGGGCAGCUGGCAGGGGGAGGAGAAAAAUGCUCUGGAAAGUGACUUGUCUUCAAUUUGGGAUCACUUCGAGAAGGGCACCCCAUUCAGCAGAGUGCUUCCCAGAAUAAUCUCGCUGAAUCGCUGCCUAUCUGUCAUCCAACAUCUUAUAGCCAAUCUUAUUUGGGAAGAUGAACACAAACAGAAUGUACAACCAGGAUCCAUCCAGGAAACCCUCAGCGCACUCUUCACUGAUUUCUACAUUGUGGAAGAAAUCAGCCACUUGUCGGUGUUUGAUUUUGUGAGCGCCGUGGUGAGAUAUGCAUCAACAAACAGGCUGAUUGCAGUGUUUGGCCGCACUCUAUGUGGGCAGUUGGAUGCCGUGGUGUUGCGUUACACUGUCUUGAUCGCAGAACUGGUGAACUCGGUCUCCUGGCAACUUGUUAGCGAUUUCCAGACAUUUGCCUCUGUCGUUUAUCACUUGCAGGGUGAGGAGCUGGAGGAGAUGGUGAUGGGCUAUGUUGCUUUCAGUGAAAACCACAUUUCAAAGACACUAGUGGUUCAAUAUGUUCUCUACCUCAUCUUGAGAAACUCUGAGCCACUGUUUAACAAGUGUGAAGCCAGCCUCCGACAGCAUUCUGGGACCGAGCCGAGUUAUCUGACGAGCACAGAAUUUGCAGUGGCCUUUGAAAACGCAGCUCCAUUGUGCAACAAGAAACUGCAGCAAGUCUUGGUUGAACAGUCUGUCACUCCUCAGCAAAGUGCCUCUGUUUCACUGACAACCGCAGCCCAGAUCACGGCGUAUCUAAUGCUGCUUCAGCAAGAGAAUCAGCACAAGGAACAUCUGCAGACUGCAGCCAGGAAGACACGAAACAGCUUGAAGAAGACUUUGACAGGCUCCACCAUAGAAUCAUCUAACAGAGUUGUGCCUGAAGACGAACCAUUCAUCACCAUGUCCAGGCUGAAACUAAUGGCUGGUAACAUUGCCAGAAGGAAGAGGAUUCAAAUGAUGUACCCUAAGGAAAUCUAAGGAACAAUUCCUUUAUAGUUAAUUGUUUCCGACUAUGAUUAAAUUAAUAACUUCAAGAAAGGUACGGUUUUGAAAACCAACGUCUCUAUGACAAAUUACAAGUGUAGUUUAAAUGCAAGGUGUUCAUUAAAUAAUUUUACGUGCUUUAUUAAUAAAUAGCACAACAUUUCAA